AUGUAUUCUCCUAUCUACUCAGUUAUUCUUCUCUUCAUUAUUCGAAGUCAUCUUCAGGUUCAGAAAAGGAAGCUGUGGCGUGAUGGCCGAGGGGCUGCCCAGAACAUCAUCCCUGCUUCUACUGGAGCUGCCAAGGCUGUGGGCAAGGUCAUCCCUGAGCUGAAUGGGAAGCUCACUGGCAUGGCCUUCCGUGUCCCCAACCCCAAUGUGUUGGUUGUGGAUCUGACCUGCCGGGUGGAGAAAGCUGCCAAAUAUGAUGAUAUCAAGAAGGUAGUGAAGCAGGCAUCAGAAGGCCCCCUCAAGGGCAUCCUGGGCUAUACUGAGGACCAGGUGGUCUCCUGUGACUUUAACAGUGACACCCACUCCUCCACCUUUGAUGUUGGGGCUGGCAUUGCCCUCAGUGACCACUUUGUCAAGCUCGUUUCCUGCUAUGACAAUGAAUUCGGCUACAGCAACAGGGUGGUGGACCUCAUGGUCCACAUGGCCUCCAGGGAGUAAGAGUCCCCUGAACCACCAGCCCCAGCAAGAGGAAGAGAGGCCCUCUGCUGCUGGGGAGUCCCUGCCCCAGAACGAUCCCCCGACACACUGAGCAUCUCCUGACCACCGUUUCAAUCCCAGACCCCCUGGAGAAGGGGAGGGGCCUAGGGAGCCCUGUUUGGUCGUGCACCAUCAAUAAAGUUCACUGUACCCAGCCAAAAAAAAAAA